GAAACAUUUGCAAUCAUUCAACCUUCUUCUCUCCAUCAAUUCUGCAGAUCCAAUGAACCCAAAUUGAGAACAGAAUAUAAAUUUCUACAAAGGUUGAUAGCUUUAAGCGUCACCAACAAUGGCUGGAGUCUCAGUGGCGGCAGAGUGGCAGCUGCUCUACAACCGGUAUCACCGGAAGCCUGAGCUGUACCAGAUGCAGUGGAAGCACGUAGACCUCAUAAGGAACAAGGUCGCAUGCGCACCGUUCGGAGGUCCUAUCGCCGCCAUCCGUGACGAUGCCAAGAUUGUACAGCUAUUUGCCGAGUCCGCCCUUCGCAAGCUCCGCAUCUUCACCUCCUCCGGCCAAUUGAUCUGCGAAACCGUCUGGAAGAGUCCCGGUGGUCGCCUCAUCGGUAUGUCAUGGUCGGACGAUCAAAUUCUAGUCUGCAUCACCCAAGACGGCACUGUUUAUUUUUACAGUAUCCACGCUGAGUUAAUAAACACUUUUUCUUUGGGUAAAUAAUGUUUCGAAAGUGGCGUUCUGGAGUGCGUGUUCUGGGGAAACGGUGUCUUUUGUAUCAAUGAGGCGUUUGGAAUUUUUGCUGUGCCGGAUUUGAAGAACCCCAGGGUGGUUCAAUUGGCAGAUUGUAAAUUGGAGGAUUUGCCGCAUUGUAUAGCUGUGAUUGAGCCGCAGUACACCAUGUCAGGGAACGUGGAGGUUUUGUUGGGAGUCGGGGAUCAUGUCUUGUUGGUGGAAGAGGAUGGGGUGCAGCAGCUGGGUGUAGGUAUAGGGCCUUUGCAGAAGAUUGUGGUUUCAAGGACAGGGAAGCUUCUGGCUUCGUUCACGCAUGACGGGAGGCUUCUGGUUAUGUCCACGGAUUUUUCAAACAUUAUCUUUGAGCACACUUGCGAGUCAGCUCUUCCUCCUGAUCAGCUGGCUUGGUGUGGAAUGGACAGCGUCUUACUAUACUGGGAUGAUAUGCUAUUGAUGGUAGGUCCUUAUGGUGAUCCUGUGUGCUAUAUAUAUGAUGAGCCCAUCAUUCUUAUUCCUGAGUGCGAUGGAGUAAGGAUACUUUCUAACACAAGCAUGGAAUUUCUGCAUCGAGUCCCAGAUUCUACAGUAUCUAUCUUUCAGAUUGGGAGCACCCUUCCUGCUGCUUUAUUAUAUGAUGCCCUGGAUCAUUUUGACAGGCGGAGUGCCAAGGCAGAUGAAAAUUUGAGAUUGAUUUGCUCUUCGCUACCGGAGGCUGUUGAGGCCUGUAUUGAUGCUGCUGGUUAUGAAUUUGAUAUUUCACAGUAGCAGACACUACUGAGAGCUGCGAGCUAUGGACAAGCCUUUUGCAGCCAAUUCCAACGUGACCGCAUUCAAGAAAUGUGCAAAACAUUACGGGUACUAAAUGCUGUACGCCACCACGAGAUUGGCAUCCCUCUAAGCAUUCAGCAGUACAAGUUGCUUACGCCAGCCAUGCUGAUUAACCGUCUGAUUAAUGCUCAUAAUUACCUACUAUCUCUUCGUAUAUCAGAAUACCUUGGAAUGAAUCAAGAAGUUGUGAUAAUGCACUGGGCUUGUACUAAGAUAACAGCAUCUUUGGGGAUUCCUGAUGCCAGUCUCCUAGAAAUUUUACAUGAUAAGCUGAAGAUAUGCAAAGGCAUAUCUUAUGCUGCAGUUGCUGCUCAUGCAGAUAAGAGUGGCCGCAGGAAGUUAGCUGCCAUGCUAGUUGAACACGAGCCACACUCCUCGAAACAGAUCCCUCUCUUGCUAAGCAUUGGAGAAGAAGAUACUGCACUCAUGAAGGCUAUAGAAAAUGGUGAUACUGAUCUUGUCUGUCUUGUCCUGUUUCAUAUCUGGCAGAAGAGACCCUCGUUGGAGUUUUUUGGAACUAUACGACCCAGACCAUUGGCCCGCGGUUUAUUCAUAACUUAUGCACAAUGCUAUAAACAUGAAUUCUUGAAGGACAUUUUCCUAUCCACUGGUCAACUUCAGGAUGUUGCUUUUUUAUUGUGGAAACAGUCCUGGGAACUAGCAAAGAAUCCAAUGGCUAGCAAAGGAUCUCCACUUCAUGGUCCACGCAUAAAACUCAUUGAAAAAGCGCAGCAUCUCUUUUCAGAAACAAAGGAACACAUAUUUGAGUCGAAGGCAUCUGAGGAGUAUGCAAAAUUGUUAAGAAUUCAGCAUGACUUGGAGGUCAGCACUAAGCAGGCCAUUUUUGUGGACUCUAGUAUCAGUGACACUAUUCGUACAUGUAUUGUACUAGGAAAUCACCGGGCUGCAAUGAAAGUUAAAACAGAAUUUAAGGUUUCAGAGAAGCGAUGGUAUUGGCUUAAAGUUUUCGCUUUAGCAACAAUUCGGGACUGGGAUGCCGUGGAAAAAUUUUCAAAAGAGAAAAGGCCACCGAUGGGUUACCUGCCAUUUGUGGAGGCAUGUAUUGAUGCAGAUGAGAAAAUUGAAGCCCUUAAAUAUAUACCAAAACUUACUGAUCCCAGAGAGAGAGCCGAGGCAUAUGCUAGAAUCGGAAUGGCCAAGGAAGCUGCAGAUACUGCAUCUCAAGCGAAGGAUGGCGAACUGCUUGGGCGACUGAAAUUAACUUUUGCACAAAAUGCAGCAGCUUCUUCAAUUUUCGAUACACUAAGAGAUCGAUUGUCCUUUCAAGGCGUCUUUUAGUUCUUACUCACGUCGUAUUUGAAGCUAUGAAGCUGUUGUUUGAUGCUGCCUAGGCCAUAUGAUUUUCUUUGCAUUGCAACACCGUCCUGCAACGUGUGUAGUCCCUGUUGCACUUCUGCCAUUAGUUCCUUCUAUGUAUAUUUGAGUAAUUUUGUAGCUGAUAGCAGUCUUCUCUUAUUCUAAUUAUUACAGCUUGUUCCUUUGCUGUGUAAUUUUAUUUUAUUUUAUUUUUCUUUUUCUUUUUCCGUCAUAGUGACAUUUUGAUAUGUUAUAAAGAUGAAGGCUCUGUUUUAUAUAA